AUGGAGCUCUGGAACUCCACCUUGGGAAAUGACUUCACAUUAGCAGAGAUUCUGAAUGACAGUGGGGUUCCCAAACUGCUUUUUGCCACAAUCGCUGUCCUCUACAUGUUGGCCCUGACCAGCAAUGGCCUGCUGCUCUUGGUCAUUAUAAUGGAUUCCUGGCUCCAUGUGCCUAUGUACCUUCUACUUAGCCAGCUAUCUCUCAUGGACUUGAUGUUUGCAUCUGCAGUUACUCCCAAAAUGCUUGUGGAUUAUCUGCAUGGGGAGAACGCCAUCUCCUUUGAAGGCUGCACCUUUCAGAUGUUAGUAGUUCUCACUUCAGGAGGUGCAGAGGACUUACUACUGGCGUUCAUGGCCUAUGACAGGUAUGUGGCUAUUUGUCAUCCUUUGCACUACAUGGUCCGCAUGAGGCCAAGGAUAUGCUGGCUCACAAUAGCCACAUCUUGGAUCCUGGCAUUCCUGAAUGCUGUGAUACUCACCUCAUAUACUAUGCACUUUCCUUUCUGUAUGUCUCGGAAAAUCAGGCACCUACUCUGUGAGAUCCUACCCUUGUUGAAAUUGGCCUGCGCAGAUACCUCCAUAUAUGAGCACAUGGUAUAUGUGAUAGGUGUGAUCUUUCUCAUGCCUACCCUUGCUGCUAUCCUUGCCUCUUAUACAUUUGUCCUAAUUGCUAUCCUUCACGUGUCCUCGGGUAAGGGAAGGAAGAAAGUCCUCAUCACAUGCUCUUCUCACCUGACUGUGGUAGGAAUGUACUAUGGAGCUGCCAUGUUGAUGUACAUCCAGCCCAAUUACUACCAUAGUCCCCAACAGGACAACAUUCUCUCUCUAUUUUAUAUUAUCAUUACUCCAACACUGAACCCUCUUGUCUAUAGUCUGAGAAACAAGGAGGUAAUAGAAGCCUCCAGGAAAUUACUGGGGAGAUUCACUUCUGCCCAGAGAUGA